AAUUAUUUUAUAUCUAAAAUGAUAUUUUAAGCAACAGAAUUCUAAAUCACACGAAAAUAACCUGUUUUUAAAAUGCGAAAAUAAUGUUGUGAAAAGCUAAAGCUGGCCUCUGGAAACGAAAGUGGAUUUUUUUACUUAGAUUUUCUGCCAAAAUCUUUUAUACAACAUGGCAAAUAAUGAAGAUAGAAAUCCAAGAAGGACCAUUUGGAAUCUGCGAAGUAACAUCAACAACAUUCCUUCAAAUAUUGUUCGAAAUCAGAAUGUUCAACACCAAGUUGGACAGGUUGUGAGAGGGGUGAUACCAGGAGUUAACCCACAGCCAGAGUACCACAGAAACCCAUACCUGCAGCACCUGUACACCCAACAUGAUGUGGACGGGGGCAGACCCCAGGGCACAGACCAGCUUGAUAUGCUGGAAACCCAGCUGCAGGAGGUUAUAGGUCAGCACACAAAUACUCCAGCUGAUGAGGAGGCUGGGCCACACGGACACACACACAGCCAACAGGUGGUGCCACAGGAUUGGAGCGUGCUCCUUGGCUCCUUCACAUUCAUCAUCCUCCUCGCUCUCAGACUCCUAGCAGACCAUGUCCUAGGUAUUUUGGUGUUCUUAGGCUUGUCGCUGGUUUUCCAUUAUGCCAAUACAAGGAUGAUCGAAAUAGUUCAUAUUACUUCACUUAGGGACAAGCAACAUUCUAGAGGGGUUUACAUGUCCGGCCUGUGGCUUGUUGUGUUUUUGACGUUCCAAAUAGCUGUUAUAUACCUGUUCUUUUCCGAACAAGAGCUGCAUAGAGUGCUGUAUUACAGGCUACCAGCCACAUGGAAGGGAGAUGUGUUUGACCUGUUCUGGGUGGCUGUGAUCUCAGACUACACUGUACGUUUUGGUGCCAUCAUUCUGAAGGCCCUAGUUGCAGUCACCCCGACACUCUGCCUUCCACAGAAGAGAAAAGGAAAGUACUACAUGAUGAUAGAGAUGUUAACACAGCUGUACAGAACAACUUUACCGGUGCUUCCUUGGGUCCAUUUUCUGUAUGACCAACCAGUGUCAGGAAAACUUAUAUUUUUCGCCAUUCUAGCAACUGCUUAUGUUAUAGUAAAAAUUUGGAAUUUAUGCCGAAACUUAGUAAUAUUAAAAAAGGCUUUCUUCACAUUCUUAACAGAUGUGAAGUAUGGCGUUGAGCCAAGUGUUGAGGAGGUGAAAUCUCGCGGGGAAAACUGCCCAAUCUGUCAGGACGACUACCAGGAUCCCAUCAUGCUCCAUUGUAAGCACAUAUUCUGUGAGAACUGUGUGUCUAUCUGGUUUGACCGUGAGAAGACAUGCCCGAUGUGCCGCGCGGAGAUACAGCACGAGAGCCCCGUGUGGCAGGAUGGCUCAACCAGUGCUCACUUACAGUGGUACUGAACCACCCAUCUCCAGCUUGUCUGUGUUAUCUAUAUGUGUAGGGUAUUAUUACACUUAACGGGGACUUCAAAUUAUCAUUGGGGAGAGGAGCUGUGGAGGUCUUUAGUAUUUGUAUAGAAUUUGUAUUUUUGGUUUACAUGUAUUUGUUUAUGUUUCACUUAGAGUUGUGUUAUAUAAUAAGAAAGUGUAUGAAAUGUUGUUGAUUAUUAAACUUUGAUGUUGACAAUGUUCAAUAUUACAAUACAAGCAUUAUCUCACUUCUUUAGGGGCCCCAUAAUCAAAGUCACAUAAUCUUGAGAAAAACCAUUAGUAUACAGUGCAAGAAAAUACAUUCUACAACUUCAGAAAAACUUUCAUUUAUUUACAAAUCGCUCAAAUGUAUCGAUCCAUUCAAGGAAUUCAAGUUCUUUCUCAUCAUAUAAUAUUGGCAUGUGGUAUAGCUGGUCUGUUUUCAGGUAUAGUCAUACUUGGUAUUGUAUAACUAUCCAAUGUUUCAGUGUUUGCUGGUGUGCGACUUUACAAAGCCAACCUAGACUAUUAAUUCAAUACCAUUAUGUUCCAUAUAUAUGUAACACUAUACCAUUGUGUUAUACAUACAAAACACAAUACCAUUAUGUUUCAUACAUACGAAACAUGAUACCAUUAUGUUUCAUACAUACGAAACACUAUACCAUUAUGUUCCAUACAUCGUCCGUCCGUCCGGCUCUGUAACUUUCCCUUGUAUGGACAGAUUUUAAAAUAACUUGCCACAUGUGUUCCACAUACCAAGGCGACGUCUGGCAUGCAAGACUCGUGUCCCUACCUCAAAGGUCAAGGUCACACUUAGUCUUUAUUCACAAUGGAGUGCUGCAUAUAAGGACAUAGAGUAUAGGUUGUCGUGUCCGGGCUGUAACUUUCUCUUGUAUGGACAGAUUUUAAAAUAACUUGCCACAUGUGUACCACAUACCAAGACGACGUGUCGCGUGCAAGACCCGUGUCCCUACCUCAAAGGUCAAGGUCACACUAAGUGUUUAUUCACAAUGGGGUGCUGCAUAUAAGGACAUAGAGUAUAGGUUGUCGUGUCCGGGCUGUAACUUUCUCUUGUAUGGACAGAUUUUAAAAUAACUUGCCAAAUGUGUUCCACAUACCAAGACGACGUGUCGCGUGCAAAACCUGUGUCCCUACCUCAAAGGUCAAGGUCACACUUAGUGUUUAUUCACAAUGGAGUGCUGCAUAUAAGGACAUAGAGUAUAGGUUGUCGUGUCCGGGCUGUAACUUUCUCUUGUAUGGACAGAUUUUAAAAUUACUUGCCACAUGUGUUCCACAUACCAAGACGAAGUGUCGCGUGCAAGACCUGUGUCCCUACCUCAAAGGUCAAGGUCACACUUAGUGUUUAUUUACAAUGGAGUGCUGCAUAUAAGGACAUAAAAGUAUAGGUUGUCGUGUCCGGGCUGUAACUUUCCCUUGUAUUGACAGAUUUUAAAAUAACUUGCCACAUGUGUUCCACAUACCAAGACGACGUGUCGCGUGCAAGACCCGUGUCCCUACCUCAAAGGUCAAGGUCACACUUAGUGUUUAUUCACAAUGGAGUGCUGCAUAUAAGGACAUAGAGUAUAGGUUGUCGUGUCCGGGCUGUAACUUUCUCUUGUAUGGACAGAUUUUAAAAUAACUGGCCACAUGUGUUCCACAUACCAAGACGACGUGUCGCGUGCAAGACCCGUGUCCCUGCCUCAAAGGUCAAGGUCACACAUAGUGUUUAUUCACAAUGGAGUGCUGCAUAUAAGGACAUAGAGUAUAUGUUGUCGUGUCCGGGCUGUAACUUUUCCUUGUAUGGACAGAUUUUAAAAUAACUUGCCACAUGUGUUCCACAUACCAAGAUGAUGUGUCGCAUGCAAGACCCGUGUCCCUACCUCAAAGGUCAAGGUCACACUUAGUGUUUAUUCACAAUGGAGUGCUGCAUACAAGGACAUAAAGUAUAGGUUGUCGUGUCCAGGCUGUAACUUUCUCUUGUAUGGACAGAUUUUAAAAUAACUUGCUACAUGUGUUCCACAUACCAAGACGACGUGUUGUGUGCAAGACCCAUGUCCCUACCUCUAAGGUGAAAGAUACACUAAAUGUUUAUUCAAGGGAAUUCUGAAUAUAAGGACAUAACAGUGUAUGUUGUCAAGUAUGGGUGGUAUUUUUUUAUGUUCAGAGGCAAUUUAAAAUAACUUGCCAUAUGUAUUUGACACGUAAAGGCAAGAUCAACUUUUCAUGUACUGACCUUGUUCAUAGGUCAAUGUCACAUUCAGGGGCAUUCGUCACAUACUGUGACAGCUCUUGUUAUUUCUUUAAUUUUAUGGUUUAUGAAAAGUAAAUUAUGCCAUUUCAAUAAAGCACAAUCAAAUAUAUAAAUGUGCAAGGCUUUUAAUAAAAAUUGAAAAUUAAUAAUCGUAAAAACGCAAUUUUUAGAGGAACUUCUUGAUGUCAACGCUGCUUGGCCGGUAACACGGCAAGCCUCAUUACCAGCUUAUGCGCAUGCCCUCAGGUUGGAUUUUUUUUAUCUGUACCAGACACAUGAUGGAUACUUAUAUUGUGCCCAAUUAUGUGAGUGUACCCAGUGGUUUGUAAAGUAAUGAAAUGGCCAUCAAAGUUCUACAAGUAACAUAAUCUUGCCUUGUCCUUGAUUGGUUUAUAGAACAUGAAUAUUUAGGCCCAAAAAGAGGUAAUAUUGUUUUCAUUUAUAUUAAUGAUUUUAUAGUGGAUAUACAAGUUUGUAUAAAUUUCAGUGUUGCUUGAUUUCAUACUGAACCAUUUAUAAAAAAUAUGUUUUCUGUUUUAGGAAACUAGUAAUGCAUUUACAUUUUAAACUGUGGAACAGUCAAUGCGGUGAUAUGAUAUAUGUUCAUGUAUGUGGCUCUGUUUAUAUGAUUUGUUAAUUCUUAGACUAUGGAAUAAUAUGAGACAUUGUUUGUUGAUAAAGGCUUUACAGUGAA